GAACGCCCCAGGGCAGGGUCUGUGCCUUCUCGUGGGCUCUCGUGGGCUCUCACGGCCAAGAGGAGCUCAGGCUUGUCCUCAGGGGGGUUGAGGAGGACACAGCUACGUCCUCCAGUGUCUGAGGUCCUCUCAGGAGCCUGGGGAGGAAAACCUAGGAAUUACCAGGAGCCGAGAGACCUGGGUGGGAACACAGGACAGCCUCCAGGUAGCUGUAGCGUGAGUCACCGUGCAGUCCUCUGCCCUGCCCUCCAGGGGCCUCAAUCGAGUCAGAAACUGAGACCAGUGACACGAUUUAGGAUCCAGGGCAAAACGAAAGUAUGAGACCCCUUGUUCACAAAUUGCUAAGAACAUUGACGGCAGAGCAUUAAGCCAAGCGCGAGGCCCUUCCAAGAGCGGGCCCCCGUGUGAAGCCAGUCCUGCUCUGGAAAUUGCUGAGCUGACCUCGGAAAUCCCAGAGCCCACAGGGGUUCUGUCCAAACACAGAGCCUUCUGCCAGAGUCUCUUGGGUGAGACACAUUUAGGUAGAUGAAGGCAGGUCUGCAAUGUGGGCACCAUUCCUGGGGUGUCUGAGCUCCAGCCUCGGCCAGGCCUGCUCUGUCGUCCCUACAGUUAUCACUCUGUGCUGUGUCUUCAACUGCCGCGUGCCACGGACCCGGAAGGAGAUCGAAGCCCGGUACCUGCAGCGAAAGGCAGCCAAGAUGUACACGGACAAACUGGAGACUGUGCCGCCCCUCAACGAGCUCACAGAAAUCCCCGGAGAGGAUAAGAAGAAGAAGAAGAAGAAGGAUAGUGUGGACACAGUGGCCAUCAAGGUAGAGGAGGAUGAAAAGAAUGAGGCCAAGAAGAAGAAAGGAGAAAAAUGAGAAGGGCUUCCUGGAGGUGGCAGCUGGGGCUGGAUAGCCCUGGGGCUCAAGUCCAGGCCAGGGUCCAGGCAUCUCGGACUCCAAGCUCACACAUGGACCACAGAGGUUGCAGAACACCCUCUUCUCAACUCCGACAGGGUGGCUGAGGCCCCAUCGUUAUGGCCCGUCAGGGGCAGAGACAGGACUGCCUCAGGUGUCCUGCCUCCCGGCAUGGACUCAGCUCCUGUCGCCUCACCCAUGUGGCUGUUCAGCCAACAUGGUCUCUGGCCACUGUUGCCCUGCAGAUCCAGAUCACACCCACCCGGACGUGCCUCUGUCCCUUCCGUCAGGAACAGCAGUGGCUCUACAGGGUUGACGGGAAGCAGUUUCCUCUCUCCGAAGGGGAUGGCCAAACUGGAUGGGCUGCAGUGUGAGGCCAUGCCCAGAACAGCCACAAGGAGGCAGAGGGUGUCUGGGGGAAGCUUCAGCUCUCAGACCUGGCUAGACAGCAGCCCUGGUGGCCAGAAAACUGUUCUAGGCCCAGUGGGGGUGCCGGCCAGGAUGGUGAACAGAGAGACCCAGAGGCAGGGGCUCCAGCCCAGCAGAUACCCUGUGCCGAGCAACUGCAAUGGAGUGGAGGCUGCUGGGGGCCUGAGUGGAAGGCCUGGGGGCUCAGGGCUGGGAGCUGCAGGGCUGGGUCAGGGGUGCAGAAGGCUGAGACCAGCAGGCCAAAGGGAAAGGGGAAGAAAGCUGGUACUUGGGCCCCAUCUUGGGGAUCCAGGGAAUCAAGACGCCCAAGGGAGGCUUGGGCCGUGCUGGCGGUCCCUUCUCUGUGGUGGUGGUGGGGAGGGGGUGUCAGGGCCCUAGGGGAUCAUCGCAGAGGGCAGUUAGGGGCCGGCCACCCCCCGACUUGUGAAACAGAACAGCACACAGCUUCCUCCUCUACCAUCUCAGCUCUCAUGCCUCAAAACAUCACUGCUGUCCCGAAGGGGAAGGCCCAGACACCAUCUAGAGACUGGAUCUUUGGGGACGGGACACUCAGAGGGGUUUCCAGAUGGCAGCGAACCUCUGCUGAGGCGCUCAGGUCUGAGCCUGGAAACCAGAGGCUCCUGAGCUGGGGAAGCUGCUGGAAAAUCUCUCGCUGCCUCGGCAGCCUGCAGACACUUGUAAAUAAAGCUG